CUUGACAUGGUUCUCUCGGGCAGCCUCGCAUUUCACGCUCAAGAGACACGAGGCCAGCAUCGAGUCCUGCGGGAGAUUAAUUGACACGUACAUUACACGAAAAUGUCCCAACCCAGCAGCGCCAAAGCGGCGCCAGGCUCCUUUCUCUCCCCUAGCGCACAAGCAUCAGGCACAGCGGCAGCGCGUCUACGCAACCGGCAGACCAACCAUCCGCGGCAGUCAUCGGGUGUGUACAACACGUUCAGCCACAAGCAGAUUCAGGGAUUCAAGGAAGCUUUCACCAUGGUCGACCAGGAUCGCGACGGGUUAAUAUCGCGAGAGGACCUAAAGACGAUGCUGACAAACCUGGGCAUCAAUGCAAAGCCAGCAACACUGGACGCGUACAUGUCCAGCGCAUUUGCAGAUUCAUAUACAUCCGAAGCAUCAGCAAUGUCCUCAGCAGGUGUGAAUUUCACUCAGUUCCUGACCAUGUUCGGCACGCAUCUUUCCGAGCUGGAUGAAGCGCACGAGCUCUCCGAAGCAUUCGCGUGUUUCGACGAAAAGGAUGAUGGCGUCCUCGAUGCUGCGGAGCUGCGGUACUGGCUUAAGGAGGUUGGCGAUAGGAUGACAGACAGCGAGAUCGAUCGGCUGCUUUCUGGACCCUUUAUGGAUCGAGGAGGGAAACGCUUUGACUACAAGGCCUUCAUCGAAGCGAUCAAGAUGGCCGAGCCAGCAGAGCUCGAGUAGUACAUCGACCUCCUUGAGACCUUACCAUGCUGGUCCCCAUUGGCGCUACAUCACAGCCAGCAUGUUCAACCGCGAUUUAACCUUUGCACUUGUAAUAUUCGCAUAUCCUUUUACUGUACCACAGCACGCAUAUUCAUCUGCAGAACCCAAUCUC